AUGUCAGCCACACAGAACAAGAACGAGGUGGGCAUCGUCAGCCUCGAUGCUGAGUUUGACCGUCUCAUCGGCAGCUCGGCAGGCAUGCGAAAGCUGCUUGUCGACGCUAGCGGACAGCAAACCUUCCACGAAGCUGGCAUCUACCUGCCCAAGCAUGACAAGGUCUACUUGUCAUCCAACCGACUCACUGACUCCAAGCACGGGCAACGUGCCAUCAUCGUGGGAGUGCCAUUGAGCCAGAUUCCUCCCGCCAACGUCGAUGAAAAGACCCAAGAUGGCAUUCUCUUCGAACUCCCGGCAGUUCAGCAGAAGAAGCUGUGGUCGGAACUCGAGGUCGUCGAGGACUUGCCAGAGCACCUCGCCAUGCCCAACGGCGCCACCAUCUGGGAUGACGACAGCUUGCUAUGGUGUGAGCAGGGUCUCGAUUCGCGCAAGGUGGCUUCCACUUUGAUCAUCCACAACGUCGACGGCCACAAGACCAAGUCUGCACUGACAUCCUUCGAAGGCAAACCAUUCUCGAGUCUCAACGACGCCGUCAAGCACCCCACCAACGGGUGUGUCUUCUUCACCGAUCCCGACUACGGUGUUGAGCAGUCGUUCAAGUCGGACAAGACCGAGUACGCUCCCAACGGAGUCUACGUGUGGAAUCCCAAGAACGACGAAGUCAAGCUGCUGGAUGCGGACAACUACGUCAAGCCCAACGGCGUCACUUUUGUCCCUUCCUCCGAGAAGGAUGGUUCGGGACUGCUGAUCACCACCGACACCGGUCGCUUCCGAUUCCACCGCAACGACGACAUGGGCGACUUUUACGUCGACGACAACGGCCCGUCUUGCAUCUACUCGUACAAGGUGCUUCCCGAUCUCGAGUCCAAGGAUGGUCUGCCGGCUGUCGACGUUGCGUCCCGAAAAGAGUUUGCGCAGUCCACGGCUGGUGUGCCCGACGGUAUCCACGUCGAUACCGAGGGAAACGUCUGGGCGGGCCACGGCAACGGUGUCCACGUCUACAAGCCUCAAUCGGAUGGCAGCGGCAAGCUCAUCGGCAAGUUUGUGCUCCCCGAUGGAAAGGGAGUCGCCAACUUCUGCUGGGCUGGCAAGACCAGCACGGGCCAGUACCGACAGCUUCUGUUUGCAGAGGACGAGCUGUGGGAGGUGCUUAUCGGCGUCAAUGGUCAAGACUAG